AAAUUAUGGGUGUGUUUUUCAACGUGAAAAAAAUGACGCAAAAUGGAUGUGCGCAUGCGCAGUAAACGGGUAGGAUGAAAUUUCAGUACACCGGUCUAGGUCAUCUUACCUUCAGCAGCACGGUUUCAUCGUUUUACAUAUUCGCGUAACAUAAACAAUACAAAUGAACAGAUUGUGUGAUUUGUAUUUAUUUAUUAAUGAUAAAUUGAUGAAGAAACAUGUUGUCAGGUCGAGUUUGGUGAAUCAGAGUCCGGUGUGAAAUGGGGGGGACGGACACCGGUCUCGGACCCUACGGGAACUUUCCCCAUCUUCCCCAUGAAUGCUUUGUUUUUCUUUUCAAGGAAAUGAACUCUAGAACCCGAGAACCUUUCUGCAAAGCGCUCGCGUAUCUGCUUCGGUCCCGCGUGCGUAAUGAUGUGAACCGCGGUUCGCGCGCGCCCUCUGCUGGCCAUUAUAACUCGGAUGUAUUGAGUACGGAUGUAGUGAGUAGUGACUGUGCGCGUGUCCGAUGUGGAUUAUUUCUGCGUGGAUUUUAGGACUCCAGACUACUCAGUGUUUAGAAGGUCGACUCCAGGAGCAGGUCAGGUUGUGGGCUGAGACACAGAGCAGAACCCCGCGCGGUUUGAGCACUGGUCACACAGAUGCGUCGAUGGAGAGCUGUAGUGCUGCAGCGUCUGCGCUGGUCGAGUCAUGUGACCCGGGUGCUGGUGGUGUGUGUGCUGACGUUUGGCGUGCUCCUGCCCCUGUGCUGCCAUCGCGCUCUCUACUCCUACUACUUCCUGAAAUCCUGGUACCUGGGGCAGAGGAGUGAGGAGGUCCUGAGGCGGAGCUACGUGGACGGGCAGGAGGCGCUCGCAUACUGGCGGGAUGUGGUGGUGGGUGGAGCCGUGCAGGGGGACGUCUCUGAGCGGCCGGAGCUGCUGGUGACAGUGGUGACGGCGCGCAGGAUUGAUGGGCUGCAGUAUCACUACCUGCUGCAGGUGAUGCGGCGGUUGGACAUCCUCCUGCAGGGAUGUGGCGACGCCCCUUGUGCAGCCGUGCUGGUGUGUGACGUUGAAAGCGGUCCCCAGGAGAACGAGGACGCGGUGCUGGUGGAGAAGCGGUUCCGCGUGGUGAGGCGGGGGAAGGGUGUGGACCAGGACGUGAACGUGUUCGAGAAGGAGAAGAGAGAUUACGUGUUCUGUCUGCGUCAGAGUGUGGAGACGAUGAAGCCGAGGAACGUGGUGGUGCUGGAGGACGACGCUCUGGCCGGCGCCGACUUCUUCUCCAUCAUCCGCGAUGUACUCAGCCGCAGGUUCAUUUCACACUCGCUGUAUGUGAAAUUAUAUCACCCCGAGCGGCUGCAGCGCUACUGGAACCCAGAGUUGUACCGAAUCCUGGAGUGGGUGGGGCUCGGCGUGUUUGGGGCGUCGCUGAUUCUUCUCUUUCUGGGCUUCUUCCCUCGAUUCUCUCCGCCCUUCUCUGUGCCUCUCUUCCUCUUCCUGGUGGCCUACAUCAUGGUGGGGGCGGAGCUUAUAGGGCGACACUACCUGCUGGAGCUGAGGCGCAUCUCUCCGCAGCUGUACGCCGUGUCUCCGGCCACCGAGUGCUGCACGCCCGCCAUGCUGUUCCCGGGGAACAUGUCCUCCCGCGUCGCCGAGCUGCUGGACGCCGCCACGUGCAAGAGGGGACACGCCAAGGACAUGGUGCUGUACCGCCAUGCAGGCUCUGCCCACAGUCUCGAACCCAACGCCGUACAGCACAUUGGGGCAUUUUCCUCCGUCAGAGUAAAUCCUCUGAACCCACAACUCCUCUGAUCCACAAAUCUGCCCCUGUGGGGGAAAUGAAUCAGAAUCAGUCUGAACUGAAAUAAAUCUGAUUCAGUGUGAGAGAUCAGAGAAUCAAUCAGUUCCGAAUCUGAAUCAGAAUCUGUCACAAACCAAAUUAGUCAAAAUCCAGAAUUUGAUUUCGAAUCAGAACAAGCAGCAGAAAUGGUGAAAAUAAUUCAGAAUCAACCGGAAUAUAAAUCCGAAUCAGACAGGAUAUGAAUCAGUGUGGGUUCAUGCCGUAGAGGUUAGCUCAGGUGAUUGGUGACGCAAAUAAACCUUAAGUGAUCAGCACUGGUUAGUAUUAGCAUUAGCAUUAGUGCCUCUGUUUCACUUUGCGACCUCAGUGCAUGGGCGUGUAUCUAAUCUACAACAAUCAGAUAGAAAGAAAUCAGUCUCUCUUCUGCACUUUACAUGGAAGUGCCUUUAUCCUCCUGCAGGAGUUAAACCUGUGACCUUUGACCUUUGUGUGCUCCACUGAGCUCAGUGUAGACUCGGUGUUAAUACAUACUCUCGUCCUCCUGCAGACUAGUUUGACCUUUGACCUUUGUGGUGCUCAUCAUGCACACCAGACACCUUCAUCGCAAUCUGAUUGGCUCUCUGCUAUAUGCAAAUGAGUUGGACAGUGAUGUCAUAAUCAGGCAUCGGACACGGAAUUACAUUCAGCACUAACGAGUUUUAAUGCUCGGCUUUUGUACACUAUCUAGUGCACUUUAUAGUGUUUUUACCACACAACGGGUAAAACUUUAAUUUAAUUUAAUCUUUAAACUCCGAACCAAAACUCAGCCAGUGAUCCGAGAUAAUCUGGUUAACCUUUGUGCACUUGUGUGUGCGUGUGUGUGUGUGUGUGUGUGUGUGUGUGUGUGUGUGUGUGUGUGAAUGAUUUUAUUUUAUUUACAAAGCUUACUUAUGCAACAUUUUACUGUUCAGUUUGCUAUGUCGUGUGUUGUAGUUUAAAUUCUGAUUCUGAAUGAUUGGAGGAUGAUUUAUACUUUAUAUCUGAACACAAGCGGAAGAUUUUUCAGGAAAAGUGUCAUGAUUUUGAAGCACAUGCACAUUUACUGAUACGAUGAUACACAAUAAACAUGAUAAACACACAUCAAAUCCAACAAUACAUCAACUGAGGGACAUUCUCACAGAGGGACAUUAAAGAGUUUAAACUCUGAA